CUUACAUGUCUGAAAAUUAAUUCAACCGGAAAGCCCGAGAGACCGAUCAUCAUUAUCAUCAUCUUGACCUCAAAAUUUCCAAGCUCACUUCAACCCCAACAUGUCCAACAUCGCCCUCGUGGUAUAUGGAUCCGAGCUCCGCGAAGAGUCGAUCGCGAUCCCCUCACCUGCCCCGCACCAAGUCCUCGUGCGGAUCUCCCACGUCGCUCAAAAUCCGACAGAUAAACUUGCGGCCAGCGUUAGCCUAUACACCAUCCAACUGGCCGCGCUGUACGGCCUCGAAGUGAUCACCACCUGCAGCCACGCCGACCUGGUCCGCUCGUACGGUGCCAUGCACGUCUUCGACUACAAUGACGCCGGUGUCGCCGACAAGAUCCAGGCGGCGGGUCCCUUGCUGCAGUACGCCUUUGAUACCAUCGGAAGCGAGAGAUCCUCCGUGAGGUCCAGAAAAGGCGGCAAUAUCUGCACCGUCAGGCCGGGGUAA